CUCUCAAUAUUUAAACGGUAGAGCCAUGCACCUCUUCUAGUGCAUAAGGCUUCAUUGGAGCAUAGCAUAGAGGUAUAUCAGAUUACAAUGGGUCAGUUUGGAGGGCCAGAAGAAAUGGCAAUUACACUCAACAAUGGCUUCCAGAUGCCGAUAAUCGGCCUAGGCGUUUGGCGCAUGGAAAAAAAUGAAAUGAGAGACCUCAUUAUCAAUGCCAUCAAGAUUGGUUAUCGCCAUUUCGACUGUGCUGCUCACUACAAGAGUGAAGCAGAACUUGGGGAGGCACUUGCAGAAGCAUUUCGGACUGAGCUUGUCAAGAGGGAAGAUCUUUUCAUUACCACCAAGCUGUGGAAUUCAGACCAUGGGCAUGUUGUGGAGGUCUGUAAAGACAGUCUGACGAAGCUUCAGUUAGAUUAUCUGGAUCUGUACCUUCUUCACUUCCCUAUAGCCACCAGCCAUACCGGAGUUGGCACAACUGCCAGUGCACUGGAUGAGAAUAAGGAGCUGGACAUAGACACAACCAUAUCCUUGGAAACUACUUGGCAUGAUAUGGAAGAUCUUGUUUCCAUGGGUCUGGUUCGUAGCAUCGGGAUCAGUAACUAUGACAUCUUUCUAACCAGAGAUUGCUUAGCUUAUUCCAAAGUAAAGCCAGCAGUGAACCAGUUUGAAAGUCACCCUUACUUCCAGCGUGAUUCUCUGGUCAAAUUCUGUAGAAAGCAUGGGAUUUGUGCUACAGCCCACACUCCUCUAGGCGGUUCUGUGGCCAACACUGAAUUGUUUGGUUCAGAUUCAUGUUUGGAUGAGCCAAUUCUCAAAGGUCUGGCUAAGAAGUACAAAAAGAGUGUGGUUCAGAUUGUUCUUCGGUGGAACAUUCAAAGGAACACAGUUGUCAUUCCAAAGACAUCAAAACUUGAGAGACUCAGAGAGAAUUUCCAAGUUUUUGACUUUAAGCUGACCAAAGAGGACAUGGACUUGAUCAAAACUAUAGAUAGGAAAUAUCGGACCAAUCAACCCGGCAAGUAUUGGGGCAUAGAUGUGUACGCAUAAAGUAUGUCCAAUAUUCUAGUAAUUGCUCAUCCUCAAGUGUUAAGGGAACAUGAGCUAUUGAACAUCCUAGUGAUUUUAGUCUGGCAAUAAGAGGAGUUUAAGAACUUUUAGAUCGUGCAUGAGAGCCAAAACUCCAUCAUGUGAAAUUCUUUGAUGUUAUGAUCUUUAAUUUGACUUUGGCCUUGUAAUGUGAAUUCUUUAAGUACCCUCUGCUAUGUAA